GCUCAGAGUGAUCCUGUGCCACCUGUACCAUCAAGAUCAAGAUCGAGCGGGCAUGGCUUCGGCUUGUGCCACGUGUGUACCACAAAAUGAGUAAGAUACCUGCCAGGAGGCGACCUAGACAGCAAAGCGGAACUUCAAAGGCCAUGUAGCAGAUAAUUUUGCACUCAGCCAGGAGGUAAUGAAGUGUUGCAAGGCAUCAGGUAGACCACGACACAACACAAGAGGAUGGACUAGAAUAAUCUUCAAGAGACAGUAAUUCAGCCAGUGGUAUGCCUGGCAGCAUCGCCACACAUGCCAGAAGGCACUGUGCCCUCAACAGUGAGAGAAAACUGUGGAUCAGACCUUUUUAUGUCUGAUGAUGAUGAUGUGGCUGACCAUGAUUAUGUCCAGCCUUCAAACAUCAGCAGCAACAAUGAUGAACCCCCGCUGCCGAGUAAGAAACGGCGCAAGAGGCACAGAGCCACGUCUCUAUGGCAGCCUCGUGUUCCCCGCCUCCCAGACCCUGAAUCGAGUGAUAAGGCUGCAAGAAAUCUUCCUUGUGGCUCCAGAGUGUCUGCCAUGACCAGGAUGCCUCAGGAAGUGACUACUUCUUCAGUGGUCCCAGUCUUGAGUGACUCAACACACCAUGGACAAGUGAAGAAGCAGUACAACUUAAAGGAGAAAACAGACUUCAUGUGGUCACUGAAGCUGCUUCACACUGCUGUCUGGGAGCACCGGUGGUAUGAUGCCUUCAGGCUCUUGCUGUGUGUUGUCACCCAGGCAUUUCCACAUCUUUCCCUGGAGCUCUUGUGGAAGAUAAUGGAUGUCAUCACCAGAAAUGUCCCAAGUCUGUCUGUGGAUGACAGAAAAAAAUUCAGGUCCAUUCUUCAUGGUAUGCAAUUAAAGACACCACUGUAUCAUGACAUUUUAUCACAAGAUCUUCCAGGAGCAACUGACAGAGAUGCUGAUGAAUUGUUGCAGAUGAUUGAGGACAUCCAAAACCAAAGGCAGCCUCCAGCUCAGGGGAUUGAGACCAGGAUGUGCAUACAUUCCAAGGCAGUGUCUGAUGGUCAGGUGCACUACUACUGCCAGAAGAGCUCCUUGCUGAAUGCCACAUCAUCUUCCCAGCCACUGGAUGAUGAGCAGCACGUGAGUCACCCCCUGUCUGUCCUGCAGGCAAGUGGUCACUGGCAACUGAGUGAAGAAUCAAUAGGCCUCAUAGACCUUCAAAGAGCUUUCAUGAGGCACUUUAGCCUGCUUGCCAAGAAAGACAGGAAGAGAGUGAAAGGCAUCUCACUAAGGUCUCUGAGCAAAACUACAUCCCAAAAAAAGAAGGCCGUCCAACAUACCCAAGAGAGAGCACAGAACACAUCAGAGGUUGCAGCUGUCACUAUAUCUCAGGACCUUGAUCAGGAGACUCAAAGAGAAGGACUGCAUGAUUUUACUGAGUGUGAGGAGAAUCUUACACAACUUUCACCAUCUAAGGAUUCUGCAAACCAUUAUAUUUUGAAUGAAGAGACUGGAUUGUCACCAAGAUCUCUAAGAAACAUUUUUGAUGCAUCUUCUGAAAAUUUUCUCACCAGCACUCAGACCAGAGAUGAGAGAUGCAGAGACCAAAAGAAACUUGUAGAGAAUCCUGAAUUGAAUGGCACUAGCAUUAUAUGUCAGGAAACUAGUAACAAAUUUGCCUCAUCAUCUGGUGCUACAAAAACUAAAGAUGGUCAUUGUUCUCAGAGCAAAAUAAAAAAAUGCAAAAGCCUUCCCAGUGUGACAUCAAAAAGGAAAUAUUUUGGUGAUCAUACUGAAUCUAACGAUAGAGGAGAUGGAAAACAGGAUUCCACUGAAAAAAGAAGGAUUCUGAAAGUAUGUCUGUAAAAGCUAAAUCAAGAACACGAAAGAAAAGGAAGCUUCCUCAGAGAAAACAAUCAGUGCCCCAACCUGCUGCUCUACCCAUGAGAAUCAGAUUAAGCAAUAGGAAAUUAUAUCAGUCAUAUACCAAAGGCACCACAACAGUGAGCAACAAAACAGUGGUGGAUGCAGAUCAAAAUUGCUUGCCAGAAGAAGACACCAGCACCAUCUCUUGCUUGACACAUAGACUUGGCAGUGACAGAAGUGUUGGUGACAAUAGACAGCCUGUUGAUUGUCAAGAGGAAAGAGCCCAUGAAGUCCAAGGAGUAGAAGAUGGUUUUCUACAGCAAGAGGAGGAAGAGGAACAUGGUAGUUUGGUUGAAGUAGAGAGCACUUGUGUAGAAAAUCCAGAAAAGAAAAAACUGCUCUUUGAUGAAUCACUAAGUAUAAAUACUAAAGUGGCAAGGCAUGAUGUGAAUGUUACUUUGGAGACAAGUGUGAGAAAUACUAAAGACAAAAGUAAAUGUUCUAUUGCUUCCUCAGACUCUGCACAAAAUGUACCUGACACCAGAACUUCCUUUCAUAUUUGUGAACUAAAAAGUGACAAACCAGAAUGUAGUGCAAGUGGUGAAGAUAAAGAAAAAAAACAAUGAAAAAGACAUCAGUUCAAGAAGUGAUGAAGAUAGUGCUUCCUCCCCAGAUCAGCCUGCACCAUUGAGUCAGUGUGGCCAAGGAUUCUUUUUAACACAAGAGAGGGAAUCUGGUGAGCUUUUGCUGUCACCAGACGGCAAAGAGUCUGAAAGUCAGAAACCAGAACAUUGGAAUUUAAAAGAUAUUAGCCUGGCUGAGUUGGAAAAACUGAAUAUGGAAGAUCUGGAGCAUUUUCUGUUCAGGGAACUGGCAGAGGAACAUUACAGUGAGUCCAUUAGAAAUGAAGAAAAUUCCUCAGGAGUGCAUAACUGGCACUCAAACAAAACUACAGAUGGGUUAUUGGAAUCUGUGUCAAUGCACCGAAGCCCUAUGGAGGGUUCCAGUGUCGCCACUUGUGUCACUGAAGAGGAAACAUUGCUCGAAGGUGAAGAUUGGGUGCAGGUUCAGAGGAAACUAAAUGAACCACAACAAGAAUCUCCAUGUGAAGAAAGAUGUAAUUCACAAAUAGAUGUACAAAAUUUUGAGAAAUCUUUAGGUUUAGAACAUAAAUUCCCUCAAAAAUCAUUAGAUAAGAUUAAAUCUGCACCAUUUCAUUCAAAAAGAAUAAAGAGCAAUUUUAAAGUACCAGUAAUGGAUUGUAUUAAAGAUUUACCAUGCCAUUUUGAAAAUAGACAGUCUAAGGCAGAAACGUCAUCACAAAGAGACAUCACACUAGUACCCAAAGCCAAGGAUCCCACACUGACAACCAGCAAACACCAUUUCAAGAGUAAAAAUAAAAGACAAGAAUCCUUAAUGAGAUGGACAGAAGGUCUCCCUUUUGAUACUGAAAAGUUACUGGCCGGCUUACAAAAAUCACUUCAUAUAUAAGUCAGAUGGCGCUGCUCGUCAGCUGCCGCGGCGACAGAGCUCCUGUAUAUUUUUACCUUAUUUCUGACCUUUUACUACAACUUCCUCUAUUUUGAAGUCAAGUGCACUGACUGUGAAUGUGAUAAGCAUGGGAACAGCAUCGUGGAUUGUGAAAAUGUUGCUGUUGUGGGCUGUAUUUGUGACAUUUGUGGUGGAGACGAUUGCAGUGAAUGUAAACAUCCUAUACGACCGUGCUGCCCUCCUCGCCCUGCGGCCAGCGCUGGACUCACCACUCUCUAUCAAGUUCCUGAGCAGUUUGAAGUAUUUAAACGAGCUACAAAACAACGGUGGCAAAUACGAUAGUCAUAAAGAAGCAUGGAGAAGUAAACACGGCAAGCGACGACGAGGGAGACGAUCUGGCGUGAGGGUACGGCUGAGGAGGCGAGGGAUGCGGACACCGCUACCCACCAUAACUUUUGGCAAUGUACGCUCCAUUCGAAACAAAAUAGAUGAGCUGUCUGCAUACUGCAAGUAUAUGCAUGAGUAUAGGGACAGUGCCUUAAUCGUUCUGACGGAAACGUGGCUUCAAGAUCAAGAUGCAGACAGCACCGUGAAUGUGGAUGGUUUUAAGCUCGUAAGGUCGGAUCGGAGAAGUGUAGAAAAGGAGAAAGGAGGCGGAGUUGCAGUCUAUGUGAACGAUAGAUGGUGUUCACAGGUUACCGUCAAGGAAAGCCAAUGUGUGAAGGACAUCGAAUAUUUGGUGGUAUCAUGUCGGCCUUUCUACCUCCCACGGGAAUUCGGUAAAGUUGAUUUAUUUAUCGUUUACAUUCCUCCUGACGCUGAUGAGUCUGUUGCAGCUGAAACUUUAGAAAACUGUAUCAACAAAUAUGAAAAUGAGUGUCCGGUGAGCGUCAAGAUAAUAUUGGGUGACUUCAACCACUGUGACUUUCAGGAAAAGGUACCAACAUACGUACAAACGGUUAAGUGCCCCACAAGAGGAAACAGAACACUAGAUAAGCUGUUCUGUAAUGUUAAGGAGAGUUAUCGUGUUUUAAAAAGGCCCCCCCUAGGUAAUGGAGAUCAUAAUAUGUUGUUCUGUGUGCCAGUGUAUAAACAAGUUCUGAAGAGAGAAAAGUGUGAACAGGUAACAAUUAGAAAAUGGGAUGAAGAUAGCAGCAUGAAACUUCAAGCAUGUUUCGAGUGUACCGACUGGUCUGUUCUUAUAGACAAUGAGAUGGAUAUCAAUACAAGCGUAGACAUCUUUAAUUCCUAUUUUCAGUUCUGUUUUGAUAUGCUAGUACCUACAAAAGUAAUCAAGAUAUACCCUAAUAAUAAACCGUGGGUGACUAAAGAAUUGAAAACUAUGUUGAAUGAAAAAAGAAGGUACAUGGUUAACGGUGAUAGCACACAACAAAAAGCAGUACAAAAGAAAAUCAAUAAGAAAAUAACUGACUCAAAAAAGGACUAUAAAGAAAAGAUCGAGGGUUUAUUUAGAACGAACAGUACUAAAGAUGCGUGGAUAGGACUGAAAACUUUAUGCGGACAUAAAGAAAAGACAAAUAUACCAUAUCCACAAGACAUAACCACUUACGUUAACGAAAUGAAUUCCUUCUUUGCUAGGUUUGAGAGGUAUAAUUUUAGUGAGGAGUGUAAUAAUAUUAUAUCAGACACUCAGAACAUUUCAAGUGAAAAGAUUUUAAUAACAGAAAAAUGUGUAUUGCAAUCCCUAAAGCGGGUUCGAGCUAGCAAGGCGACAGGUCCUGACGGUGUGCCAGCCAGGGCACUCAAGUGUUGUGCAGAACAGUUAGCUCCAGUGCUGAGGUCACUCUUUCAGCACUCUAUAGACCACGGUAUCGUGCCACUCAAAUGGAAGGAGUCCGAAAUUAAACCCAUUGCGAAAGUGAAAUUUCCCAAAGUUUUUAAUGACUUUAGACCCGUUGUUUUAACUUCCAAUAUCAUGAAAUGCUUAGAAGAUAUUUUAAGGAAUAUUAUAUGUGACAGUGUUGACAAUUUUAAGGACCCCUUUCAAUUUGCAUAUUGUAAAAACAGAUGUGUUCAAGAUGCAAGUUUAACUUUAAUGAAUGAAAUAAGUAAACAUUUGGAUAAACAAAAUACACAAGCUAGAAUCUUGUAUGUGGACUUCAGUUCUGCAUUUAACACUAUGCAACCCCACAUUCUUUUAAACAAAUUAAUAGCAAUGAACGUAAAUAGCUAUGUUUUGAGAUGGAUUUUUAGUUUUUUAAGUGAAAGACCUCAGUAUACCACGUUGUACAAUGUUAAGUCCAAUAUAUUAACAACUAACACAGGAGCUCCACAAGGCUGCGUCAUGUCCCCUGUUCUUUUCAGCCUAUACACUGACGACUGUAGAAGUGUAUGUAGUAAUUGUACAAUUGUUAAAUAUGCUGACGACACUGUAAUACUUGGUAAAAUUUCGGAUGAUAAGUGUGAUGAAUAUGUGUCCCAAGUCAACCAAUUUGUGGAUUGGUGCAAAUCAAACUAUCUUGAUCUCAACAUAAAGAAAACCAAAGAGAUGAUCAUAGAUUAUAGAACCAAAAAUCGCAGCAUACCUGAUCCUAUUAUAAUUGAUUCAGAAACUGUAGACCGAGUAGAAGAGUACAAAUAUUUAGGUCUUAUGAUUGAUAAUCAACUAAAAGGUAGUGCAAAUACCAAUAUGGUAUUCAAGAAAUGUAAGCAGAGACUUUAUUUUUUACGUAUUUUAAACAACCUGCAUGUAGAUAGACAUAUAAUUAGCCUCUUUUAUAAGUCUACAAUAGAGUCACUAUUAGGUUUCUCCUUAACCACUUGGUAUGGCAAGCUAACAUGUCAUGAUAAAAGUAAGCUUAAAAAGAUUGUGCGAAAAUCACGGAAAUUAGGUGCAGAAACAAAACCAUUAGAUAAGCUGUUCCUUGAACAAUCUAUGAAGCAGGUUGAAAAAAUCAUGAACGAUUCAUUUCAUCCCCUCCACUCCUGCUAUGUAUUCCUCAGGUCAGGCAGAAGAUUAGCUCUGCCGACUCAACGCACGAACAGAUAUAAGAACUCAUUUGUGCCAAAAAGCAUCAUGCUCUAUAAUCACCAACACUAAAACAGCAAUUGUGCAAUAGAUGUGUGACUGUGAUAUAUCUAAUACAUGUAUGUAACCUUAGUAUGAUGUGCAAUUAUCUUAACUUUCAAUCAUUUUAACUUUUAUUUUGUAAAUACUUUUUAACAUAAUUUUUAUAUACUUUUACUCAACUUAUAUUGUACGGAGCUCUGGCCAAAGCAAAUUUCAAUUUGUAAGCUUAUUAUGCUGCAUCUUGACAAUAAAGUUAUCUAUCUAUCUAUCUAUCUAUC